AUGUCACCAGGAAGUGUCGUAGUCACUGGAGCCAACAGAGGAAUCGGCCUUGGACUAGUCCAACAACUGAUUAAGGAUAAGAACAUUCGUCAUAUUAUUGCUACUGCCAGAGAUGUUGAGAAGGCUACAGAAUUGAACGCCAUCAAAGAUUCACGUCUUCAUGUUCUUCCAUUGGCAGUUACGUGUGACAAAUCGAUUGAUACUUUUGUUUCAAAAGUUUCUGAAAUUGUUGGAUCAGAUGGAUUGAACCUCCUUGUGAACAAUGCUGGAAUUGCAGUCAAGUAUGGGAGCAAAUCGGAACCAAAUCGUGCUAAGAUUGCUGAACAACUUGAUGUCAACACCACCAGCGUCGUCCUCAUCAGCCAGAAGUUCCUUCCACUUCUUAAAACAGCUUCAUCAAAAGUAUCUGGUGAUCAACUUUCGGUUUCUCGUGCUGCAGUUGUUACCAUCUCUUCUGGCCUCGGAUCGAUUGCUGAGAAUACAACUGGAUCUGGAAUGUUCGAGGGUUUGGCCUACAGAAUGAGCAAGGCUGCAGUCAAUAUGUUCGCCAAAACAUUUUCCAUUGAUAUGAAAGAUGAGCACAUUCUGGCUGUCAACUUCUGUCCAGGAUGGGUUCAAACUGAUAUGGGAGGCAAACAAGCUGCAUUGACGGUUGAGCAAUCCACGUCAGAGUUGGUGUGCAGUUUCAACCAACUGAAUAAUUCACACAACGGAGGAUACUUCCAUAGAAAUCUCACUCCUUUCCAAUUCUAA